UUAAUCUUUCAUUCCAAGGAUUAAGACCGAGAAUGCAGAAAGCAAAAAUGAAGUCUGUAAUGAAUAUAGAUACUGGAAUAAAAUUUUUCCAAGAACUCGAUAAAUUGGAUUCAGCCUGGUUGGAAAUUGUAAAAGGGACCUAUAUUUUAAAUGUUGCAAAAUGUAAAGAAAGCAUUAAAAACAUCUACAUCGAUGCUUCAAUACAGAUGACAUUUAAAAAAUUUAGCGUCAAUGUUGCAAAUAUAUUAAUUGUAGAUGGAAAAGCAGUGUACGUCGCUUUCAUUAUAAUUUCGGGAAACUUCACGAAAGAGGUCAAAGCAAAAUCGAUGGAAUUUUUUCAAACAGAGGGCACAUUUCCACAUUUAGAAAAAAUUUUUAGCCCCUACGAUGGGGAAUUACUAAUAGCUUGCAAUAAAGCUUUUCCAGAGGUGAUAUAUUCAUCCACAUGGUGGCAUUUCAGACAAAUCGUAAAAGAAUUGUGAAUUCAAAAUAAUUUAAUUCAAUCAGAUUCUAAAUUACUUGCUUUCGCAUUUGCACUGCCAUUAUUGCCGAAAGACAGGAUUUGUGAAGGAUGUUUAUGUAUGGGUUGUGUAAUAAAAAAAUCCACCAAAGCCGUACAAAAUUUUACUCAAGCAGUCUCAAAUAUAAUUGUGGAUUUGGCAGGAAUAAUUGUCUUACAUGAAGUCGAUGCUUUAAGAACAAAUACGGCAAUGCAGAUAUGUAUCAGUCAAGUGGAAAAAAUGUUUAAAUCAAAAUCUGCCGGGGAGUUAAUUGAAUUUCUGAAAGGAUUUUACUCACAAGAAGUUUCGACAAAAAGGACACCAACGAGUGAGAUUAAUGAAAAAGUUGAAGACAUUUGGCAUAAGUUUCGUACUUCGUCAGGAAAAUUAAAAACUAAAGAAACAAUGCUGGAAUUGACGACAGAAUGCGAAAAUUUUUUGAAAAAUAUUAAACCAACCACAACUAUGAAGUACACUAAUUUAGAUUUGGAUCUUAAAGUUUUAAAAAACAUUCAUCCUUUAAAAAAUGAGAAGAAUUUAAAAGUUUCUUCUGCCAGAGCAAAACAUAUAAAGAAAUCUUCAAAUAUAAAAAAAGAGAAAAAUGAUGAAGAAAACCUUUCUAUCAGUCAAAAAAAGCAUCACUUGGUGAAAAAUGAAGCAAUCUACAUUUCUGAGAGUUCUUCUGACGAAAGUUCGAAAAAGAAAAAAAAAGGUAAAAAACCAUUUGUCAAAAAAUAUUCAUGCCCAGAAUUAUCGCCAGAUGAUGAUAUCGAAGAAGACGAGGUAAUGGAGGAAUCUGAUGUUGCAUCAACUUCAUCAGAACCACAGAAAAAACAAAAUCAAGAAUAUCGGAAGGAUGUCUAAAAAAAAUAAUAAAAAAAGAGAAUCCACUUUGGAAUCUUGAUUUUGGUAAUAUUUUGUUGUUUACUUAGUAAACUCUGAUUUUUUUUCCUCAUAGAGAGCUUUAUAUUUUUAAAUACUAUUAGAGUAUGUAAAAGAUACAAUUUUUCUAUCUAAAAGUUAUAAAGCUAUA